CCGACCGACCACCACGCUUCACAAUCGAUCAAUCCCUCUGAUACGCAGAGUACGAUUAUUGAAUCGAUUUAGAAUCGUAUUUACGUAGCAACGAUAGACAAAAAAUGUUUUGUCAGUAAUUAUAAAAUUCGUAAUUCGAAUUUUGAAUUUUUUGUAACUGUAUACGAACUUUUUUCCUUUUAUUUGUGACUUCAACUGUUUCGAACUGUUUGUGCUGUUGUGAAGUGAAGGAUAGUAAUUCAAAUAUCGUACAAUUUGAAAUGACCCCAGUAGGACUUCUGUUCAAAGUGAACAGCGAGGGUUUAUUCACGAGCCCCGUGAAUGCUUCACCCGUUGACUACGCUAAGAUAUACCCGGACCCGGAAUCGGAAAAGGCGAUAAUGGGCUCUGUGGUGUACUGCAUCCAUCAUAAAGAAGGAUGUCAAUGGUCGGACGAGCUCCGCAAGCUGAAGGCGCACUUAAACACAUGCAAGCACGAUGCUGUGCUCUGUGCUGCUCAGUGCGGUGCGAUGAUCCCGCGCGUGCUCAUGCAGGACCACUUGCGCUACACGUGCCCGCGUCGCAGAGCAAACUGUGAGCACUGUGGGAAGGAGUUUUCAGGAAGUGCGCUUGAGGAGCAUCAAGGUAACUGCGGUCACGAGCCAGUGUACUGCGAGAACAAAUGCGGCGCGAAAGUGCAGCGCAGACACACACAGCAACACGUCCAGCAACACUGCAGCAAACGGCUCGUGCCCUGCAGACAUUGCGGUCAGCGGUACACGCAGGACACGGUGUCGGCGCACGGCGCGCUGUGCUCGCGCGCGCCCGUGCCGUGCCCGCAGCGCUGCUCGGCCGCGCCCGCGCGCGACGAGCUCGACGCGCACCUGCGCGACCACUGCGCCGCGGGGACCGUGCCCUGCGCCUACCGGGACGCGGGUUGUCGGUUCAAGGGCACGCGGCCGGCGCUGGAGCGGCACGCGGAGGAGAGCGCGCAGUCGCACCUGUCGCUGGUGUGCGCGCUGGCGGCGCGGCAGGCGCGGCAGCUGGACGCGCUGCGCGGCGCGGUGGCGCGGCUGGGCGCGUCGUGCUCGGGCGCGCUGGUGUGGCGCGUGCCGGACUGGGCCGCGCGCAUGGCCGACGCGCGCGCCAAGGACGGCGUGGAGCUCGUGUCGCCCACCUUCUACACCUCGCAGUACGGGUACAAGCUGCAGGCAUCACUUUUCCUGAAUGGCAAUGGUGCUGGGGAAGGAACUCACAUGUCAGUGUACAUUAAGAUUUUGCCCGGUGAAUACGACGCACUUCUGCGCUGGCCGUUCGCUCACACCGUCUCUUUCACACUCUUCGACCAAAGUUCAAGCCCAGACAGAGCCUGCAAUAUCGUCGAAAGCUUUGUUCCCGAUCCUACAUGGAAGAAUUUCCAAAGACCCUCAAAGGAACCAGACGCGUUAGGCUUCGGAUUUCCGAGGUUCGUUUCCCACGAAAUGCUCAAAAAGAGGAAUUUCGUCAAGGACGAUGUGAUGUUCCUGAGGGUCAAAGUAGACCCGAGCAAAAUUGUAGCUGUCUAGUACUAUGUAAUGAUUGUCAAUCGGCGCACAAAAGUCACUGUUAUUUAGUAUUAGAUAAUUUAAAAGUCAUAGGCUAAGUUGUACAUAAUAUAGAAUAAUUAUAGUUGUGGGCAUUUUUGAGUUUCAAUUGCAACAGUUUAAGACUGGAGUUAUCGAUGAUAUAUAUUUAAAAGAUCUAUGCGGCCCCAAUGGACUUCUCUAUUGAAACUAAAAUGGCGUUAACGAUUGACGUUGUCAAAUCUAUUGUUUGAAAUAAAGUCUCACUUUUAUUUUACCAAUAAGCUAUCUUGACUGUCUACGUUAACUUUAUUAAAAUUUCGAUUGUUUAAAAUUGUAAAUUAUUAGGUGUAAGAGCGCAAGCGCUGCAUUGUUAUCCUUUCACUAAAGAUCUCUUGAGUUUCAUUGCCGUUGGAAGUAAAUAACGAACAGAGCAUUGUUUCAAAGGAAUUUAUCUACUUUAAAAUAUUAUAUACGAUUUAUUUUCCUUUUCAAGGAAUUAUCAUGACUUACUCCUUUUCAAACGUGCCAUAUGAAAUAUUCUAAGUUAUUUUUUACUAUACACACAUUUUUAUAGGACACUGCAAAAACUGUGUGUUGCCAUUGCACAAGGUUCCCUCGCAUUUUUGUUGGCCUUCAGAUAAAAUAUAAAGGCGCUUUAAAAAAUGCAUGAACUUCAAGAACAGAUUAUAAAGACAACUUUGAGACAUGUUCGUUACGUUAUAUCGGCAGAUCUUUGUAUAUAUUUUCUAAACUAAAUAAUUUAUCCAAAAAAAUAUUUUCAAUGUAUAUAUUAGACUGUCGAGGAAUCUUUAAAUAUAAAUGUAAAUAAAAGAAUAGUUACUUGUAUUUCUGUGUGUUUACAAGCUGGAGUUAAACCAAAGCGUUUUGAUGACUUUGCGCAAGCAAUAAUUAUAGUGGUGUACAUUUUCUUAGCAAAGUUAAUCAAUGCAAAACGAUCGAUCACGGCUUAGCUGUUUGUAAUUAUAUUAAUUUUACUUAUGUAUAAGCAUCUAUUUCACUUCAUUAUAGUUGCUUUUUAGAAAUUUAUGAUGAUAUUUUGUGUGACAAAUUUUAUAAAAACUCUUUGAUAAAAAUAGUAAAUUUACAUUCACAAACUAAUUUGUAAACAAAUUUCAGUUUAAUAACUAUCUUUUGGAUCUCGAAAACGCUUGCUUUUGAUGUUUAAUCUCAACUGUAAUUUUACAUUCCACGAAAAAACAUUAUUUUAAGCCCAAUAUUUCUUCUUCAGUGUGUAUUUCGUAGAAGUGUUAGUAACAUGGUUAAUAUAUAUUAAAUAUAAAGAAAUUACUUUACUAAAAAUUAUAGGUUAAUUAUUGUAACUGAUGUUGGGAUACAAAUAAAAAUAUCUUUUCGAUUUUCAUAUCUGGCAAUACUGCAUUUUUUUUGUAAUAGAAUAAGUAAGCAACGGAAGGCCGAUUUGAAGUUUCGUUUUUGUAGAAUUAUCUGUACAGUAUUUUUAUAUCUGAUUGUAAUUGCUAGUAAAUCUAUUAGAUAUCAUAGUAAUCCUAUAAUCUAAGUUAGUUUUGAGACUUUUCUUUAUUAUAGUACCUUAUCAGUAACUACAAUGAGACUAACACAUUUAAGAUUAGAUUAUAAGAUGCGUUUACGCGCUUAGUAUUAAGAAACCUAUGUACAUGACUUUGGAUAUUAAGAUGAGAAAUAUAUU